GAAUAAAAGCAGACAUACACAUUAUUCUUUUUUCUCUCGUGAGCGAUAUCAACGAGGAAAAGGCAACCGUUUGUUUUUCUUCCCUGUUUCUGGCCGGCGUCGGCCAUCGUCGUUUCCCUUUUUUCUGUUGGUUUGAAUCUUUGUAAUUUAUUUUUCGCUGGUUUUAUGUUCUUAUUAAUGGCAAAUCAUGGCUAUCAAACACACGCUCUUUGUCUUCAUAUGAUGAUGUUGUGUAAGGGAUUGAGGCUUUCGUUUCCAAUUAAGAAUCCUAUCUCUUUAUGGGAUACAUCUCUGGUUUGGUUUACGGAUCAAUUUUACCAGAGGCCUUGACUAGAUAUGACAAAAUCACCGCUUCUACGAUGUCGCUCUUCCCUUGUAAUGUCGAUUCGGAGGAAUCAUGAUGUCCUUCCAUGUAGAAAGUUUGUUUCCGGUGAUUUCUCUCAUCGCCGGUGUUUUUUCCGGUUAUUAACCGGUGUUUAUCCUCUUACCCGAGGGUAUGGAGGUUUCACUUGGGUUUUUGAUCCUGGAAUCAAGGGAGGAAUCAAACCACUUGACGGAAACAAAACCAAAGAUCGAACAUGGUAUAUUUCUCCAAUUGAUUUGGGUUUAAGUUUUAUCCCUGGAUUUUGUGUUGAGUACUCUUGUAUUGAACAUGUCAACGGACUUCUUGUGGUGUUGACAUUUUCUGAUGGUGAUGUAUUCUCAUUACCAUGUUUGGAGUAUUUCAUCUUAUCGAUUGCUUGUAUGGGCUGUGGAGUAUAUGGUUUUAAAAUUAAGGAGAAGAAAUUUUUUGAUGAUGAUGAUGGUGACAAAUUUCCUUGGGUGGAAGCAUGCCUUCUACCAGAAAGAGUUCAUCGUUUUGUUCAUGGAAUUUUCCUUUGGUAUAAUCUAAAACAAGUGGUCGUGCUGGGAAGGACAAUGGCGGCUAGUGAGUAUGAUGGUGAUGUUCUCUCGUUCCCUUGGUCCGAAAACUCUGUUUCUAUUGAAAGAAAAAUUAUGGCCACUAAUCGACAUCGAUGCGUUAGGCGUUUCCAGCAUUUUGUAUUGAGUUUCAAAAAACUAGAAUCAGAAUCACUUCAAGCAACAAUUCAAUUUUUUCCUUAAAAGUAAUGCGAGAAGCAUUUUGGAGUUUCAUCUAUGGUGAUAGCCAAUUACGAGUAUGUGAAAGAGGGACUUAACAGAUUUUAUCUGUUAGCCUGCAAGGCUUUCGCUGGAAAGCAGGGUCACUUCCACUCAUUCAUCGAAAUUGUGUUCAAUUUCCUUUAUUUGUGUCAUUGGUUGUA